CCUCAAGAUAACCAUAACUCAUAACUAGGAUUUUAAUUCACAUACAAAGUAGUCUCCAAAAUCCUCCAGAUCUAACUGCAUAAAACCACCUUCUGAAUGCCGAUAGAAAGCGAAACAAUUACUCCUUCCUGCUCAAGCCACUUACCCUGCCAACAAUGUGGCUGAUAACGGGGUCAGUUAUCGCUUCGGACGACGCCCUCGACUCGACUUUAGACAUGUUGGCGCGUGGUAUCUGAGAAUCUUGGAGGCUCUUGGCCCUCUGUACUGGAAUACGAUAUUAUGUCGAGCAUCCCCGCUGAUCUCUGUUCUUUCGACAUCAAUUGCUUCGAGCUGUGAGCCCAAUCUCACCCACAAUACCGACUUUAACGGAGCUCAAGAUACCCAUUCAUAAAGGUCACAUCUACGCCUAGUAUGAACGCGUUAAGAAAGGUCGUACGUUUCGUCGCGCCAAAAGCUGAGAAAUCAGAAGACGGUCGCGACCAAUGGGGCUCGCGAACAUCCUUCGUUCUUGCUGCGAUGGGUGGUGCAGUCGGUCUCGGUAACAUCCUUCGAUUCCCAGGGCAAGUAUUCCACAACAACGGACUGCAAUGGUUCGUGCCGUACCUGAUGGCUUUGUUCCUACUCGGUCUCCCCGUCCUGAUACUCGAGAUCUGCAUUGGACAGGCGUAUCGUGGUGGCUGUUUGAUCGCGUACGACCACAUCAGCAAGCGGACGAAGGGUGUCGGUAUGGCGGUCGUGUUCAAUGGAUACGCGAUCGUUCUGUAUUACGUCCCGAUCUUGACCUGGGUAUUGCAAUUCUUCCGACACUCGUUUCGGAACCCUUUGCCGUGGACUGGCCGAGGGACUGAGUUCUACUAUGACCAGGUGAUCCGCAACCCGAGUCCCGAAGACAAUGGUGGGGCGUACUUGUCGUAUCCUUCCUACAGCUUGCUGGGAGAGACGACCGGGUGGUGUGCGUUUACUUGGUUCAUUGUGUGGCUCUGCAUGUUCAAGGGCGUCGGUAUGCUCGGACGUGUGGUGUACAUUACGAUGGGCUUGCCUAUCGUUAUGGCUGUUAUUCUCAUUGGUCGAGGAUGUUCGCUGGACAAUGCUGGACGGGGUGUUAAGCUGUACUUCGGCGAGUGGAACGGGGAUCAAUUGGGUCGUGGGGAUAUCUGGCAGGCUGCGUGUGGUCAUAUUUUCUUUUCAAUCGGCGUGGGAAUGGGGUAUUUCACUUCGUACGCAUCAUACAAUUCGAAAUACGCCAAUGCCGUCCAGGACUCCUUCAUUGUCGCCAUCUCCAACUCGAUGUACGAAAUCCUCAUCGCAUUUUCCGUCUUUGGCGUCAUUGGCUUCCUAGACAUCCACCCAGACGAUGGCGUCUCAUUGGGAACAUUUUCGAUCGGAUUCCUCACGUACCCUGAAGCCCUUGCACAGAUGCCCGGAUCUCAAUUCUGGUCCAUUGUGUUCUUCUUCACGGUGUUCCUCCUGGGCGUCAGCUCAGCUUUCGCCCUGAUGGAAUCCAUCGUAACUAUGAUCUGCGACACAGACUGGGGCAAGAAGAUCCCCCGCACGAUCAUCGCCUCGGUCGCAUGCUUCGUCUCGUUCCUCCUCUCCCUAAUGUACUGCACCGAAUUCGGCUUCUAUCUCCUCGACGCAGCGGACACUUACAUCAACUUCAUGUGCCUCUUCUUCGUCGUUUGGGCCGAAAUCAUCGCCUGCACGACCGUAUACCGCUACCGGGACGUCGUCGGACAGAUCGGCUGGCCCGCACUGUUCACCUUCAACUUUGGAUACUUCGGCGGCACUAUCUUUGGCCUCGCACUCGCCCAAGCUGUGGGCGCCUCUGCGGGCGCAGGCCUCGCGUUCGGACUGUUCAUCGUUGGCUCCAUCGUAGCUGUCUUCAUCGCUAAGACUCCCGACUCGCCUGCGCCCGGAUUCUGGAACAAGAACGUGUUUCUGAGCCGAUUUUGGUGGGCUGCAUUCUACCAGGGUGUCCAACUCCGCCGCGACCUCAACCUCAGCGUCGCGAAGGGCAAGAACUGGAAGAUUCCCGUCUUCUGGGGCGCUCUGCUCCGCUACAUUUCGGCGCCCAUUCUCGCCAUAAUUUUCUCCUUCGCGUACCCGCUCUUCCUGACCAAUAGACGUGACCCUUUGCACAUCUUCGCGUUCUCCUUUGCGCACUUCGUCAUGGUGAUCAUUGCUGUUGGGUUUGUGCUACCGAGGUGGUUUGAUGUGUUCAUUCCCGUUGCUAGGAGGGGCGAGGGCAAGAUCGAUUAUGCACCAAAUGUGUCAGUCGGUCAGGAUGUCGUUGGGAGGGAGGUGGAGGAUGGGAGAACACAUGAUCUCGAUGGGAAGACUAGUGACGAGACGCAGAAGAUAGUGGAAACUGAGAAUCAGGGUAGGAAGAUUGAGAUAUGA